GCAUGCGAUUCCGAUCAUGUUCGUUGCAGUUUCAGGCAAUAUGAUUCUCUCGUUUUCUUCCGCGUUAUCCGAUCUUUCUUCCGCCGGAGGUAAGCCCUACUGAACUUUUCUUCUCCAAGCAUCCACUGAUUCAGUCGACCAUUGCUAUCAAAUUAGGCGUUUCGGUUUUGUCUUCUCAAUCUCCGACUCAUUCCGCUCGUCUUUCGCUUUCGCUGUGCCCUUUCUUUGGAUAUUUGGAUGAAUCGCUAGGUCGAUUUUUUUUUUCUUCUUGAUUUCUUUUGCGAGGCUGAAUUGCGAGUUUGAUUGUCUGUUGCGAAGGAUUUUGUUGCGAGUUUUUGGCUCUCUGUUCUUUUUUAAUUGGAAGCUAUUCUGUUGGUGGAAGUUGUAUGUGUGUAUGUGCGGAAAUUAAGUCUCUGAUUGUUGUUGUUUUGCUGCUGAGAUUUUAUUUUUUGGAGAAUGGAUUUCUCUUCGCGAUUGAACAAGCUUUUGAAACAGAGCAGUGAGUUUAAAAGCUGGUUUCUGGUGUUCGGGUGUUUCCCGCGGGUUUUUAUCAUUCUAGGGCUUUUUCUGCUGUUUUGGAUCAGUUUUAAGAUUGUGCAAUUUAGUUGGCAUUGUGGAGAUUGGAUGCUAUUUCGAUGUGAUUUUAAGGAGAAAUCUGCUAAUAUAAGAGCUGGAAUUUGGUUGAAAACCAGUGUUGUUGAGGUUUGCAAUUCCAAAACUGUGCAAACUUGUAGAAGUAGACGAUUGAAUUGGUUGAAGAAGAAUGGAUUCUUGUUCAGUAAGUUCAAUUUAGUAGCAAACCCCAAAUGGACUGUGGAUUCUGAUGGUGAUGAUAAAAGUGAGGAGAAGGGUGAAGACUAUGUUGAGAAUGAAGAGAACGAGAACGAUUCUGAAGAUGGCGAAUUCGAUGUUGCCAAAUUAAGAGAAUUGGUGAAGAUUGAAAGGAAGCACAAGAAGGAGGCUCUUGAAGAGCUUGAGAAGGAAAGAAUCGCAGCUGCUACUUCAGCUGAAGAGGCAAUGGCUAUGAUAUUUCGUCUGCAACAUGAGAAGAGUUCAAUCGAAAUCCAAGCGAAUCAGUUUCGCAGGAUGAUGGAGCAAAAGCAACAAUAUCAUCAAGAGGUUAUUGAAUGUUUGCAAAGAAUUAUCAUGGAAUAUGAGUCAGAGGGAAGCUUGAGCGAGCAACCGUGCAUCUGCAGGCCGAAAGAGAAGCUACAACUGAUAGGAUUCGGUGACGGUACAAGCCUCUUCGAACGUGACAUGGAAUUCAUUCUGGAAGAUGAUGAUGCCCUGAUGAACAACAUCGGCAUGGACCUCGAGGAAAUGUAAGUACAUGAACACAACUUUUAUAUGGUAUUAACAUAGAUUUUCUACAAUUUGAUGCUAUAUAGUUGCAGAACUUGAAUUCAAAAUCUUGAUUGGAGAUUAAAAGCUAUAACUGAUCUCCAUCUUUCUUGAACUUCCUUUCCUAUUGUAAAUGUCAUUUUGUUAAUAGAUUCGAUCCGAUGGAAGAUUGAGAACGCAAUUUCUUCGAUCGAUUCCAUUAGUGGGAUAAAAAAAAAAAAGGGAAAAUGCAUGUCUUGAAUGUAGGACUUUGCAUCUUAGCAGAACUGAUAGAUCCUCAUUCCCAACCAAAACCAUUACAGGGUAGCCUUGUAUUGUAGAAUGCUUGGAGGAAUGGAAAUGAAUUCCAUCCAACCAAACUUUGAAAUGAGAACCCUUAUUCUGAUUGAUAUUGUUAUAGA